CUCCAGCUCGCCCGGACGGCCCGCCCUCUGGUCAUCAGCUUCGGCAGCAACACCUGACAACCGUUCCGGGCGAAGUUGGACGUGGUCAAGCGGAUCAUGUCGGACUUCGCCGCCGUGGCUGACUUCGUGGUGGUGUACGUGGCUGAGGCGCACCCCACCGACGGCUGGGUCAUGAGCAAGAACGCUGACAUCCGGCAGCACCGGAGUCUGGAGGAAAGACUGGCGGCGGCCGAGAUGCUGGCUCUGCACGACAUCCCCUGUCCUAUCCUGGUGGACACCAUGGACAACGCCGCCGCGCGCGCCUACGCCGCCAUGCCCGACAGGUUGUACAUCGCGUUGGACGGGGUAUGUGUUUACCAGGGCCUCCCGGGACCAGGUGGCUACCAUCCGGAAGAAGUUCGCGACUGGCUGCAGAAAUUCUCGGGAUAAAGUGGACGGACUGACAGACUUUAGUUAGUUACGAUGAAAGGUUAAAUCUAUAUGGAACCGAAGUUCUUCCUACACAGUCAGUCAAUCCAAGGACAUCUUUAUCAGGGUGUAAUGAGCUCCUGGCCGCAUGGUGGCGUGACAGCGUCAAGAAGGAUGCGGUCCCAAAGUACUUUAUAUCCCUCCCGUCCAAAUGUUUGACAUUGAUGUAUGCUACUCUACUAUUUUUGGAUCAUCGGUAUCUGUUUGCGACAUCCUUAAUGUUUAAUAGUGUUGAUCCUAAUCGUUAUAUAUUGUUGAAAUUAUCUCAACUGCUACUAUUCACGAGUUUCUCAUCCCCAGAAUGCAUUGCGAAGACAGGGGUCUAAACCUCAUUUGCAUAGGAGAGGAAGGCAUCGGAAUAAUCCCUGUCGUGAAUGUACCUGAAAGAAAGACAUGCAUUUAGGAAACACAUGAUAAAUCAGAUUGCAUGUGACUGUACAAGUUGU